AAAGUGCUCCACAAUGUUGACAGACAUUUAGAAAGUUUGUUUUCAAGUGGAGACUCAACCCUGCACAUAUGACGACUUAAAGGCAUUUUUCAUAUAAAUUACCGAUAAAAAAGACUCCAAUGUAGGAGUAGGUUGUUGCAGUAAACAUCUGUGGAGACGCCCACCGCCUCAUGACGGACCCAGAUUUAUAGAGGGGAAUUUAUGGGCAGUUAAAACUUUGCGUCGCGUGAAAGAUUAACAGAAACACCAACAGUAGAAACGUUACCGUUAAUCUAACGUUACAUACCGGUAAAUAUGAAGAGUCCCGGACACGACUACAGUAUUUUUGGGAGAGAAAACAGGACACUCUUCUGAAAUGGUGUCAGAAAGAAAACACAUCUCCGAGAUGAUGGUGAAAAAUAAAAAUAUAGGAGGGCGUCCUAAACGCUCUUCCACAUGCAAGACAAAAAAGGCUGGCUCCAAAAUCGCAUGCAGCACGGACGUGACUCCUCUGGAUAACCCAGCCGACAGUGACAUCCCUGCUAUCUCUCCAGAGCUCCAGACCACUGGGCAAGGUCAGCUGGGCUUUCCAGACAGAGUCUACCUUCUGGCCUCAGUGAUCUUCCAGAAUAACCACCUGGAAAAGCCUGCUGCCCAGCGGUUGGUGAAUUAUGGCAAAGAGAGAGGGCUCCCAUUGCCUGAAGUGAAAGAUGAGGAGAUGCAACGUACAGCUUAUGAGCUGGCCUUCAAUACACUUAAAUAUCAAGAACUGCUGGAGGACAUCGUGAUUGACAGCUGCUUUUACCUUACUCAACCAAUGCCAGAUGAUCAGAUGAGCCUCGUUGCCGUCAUGCUCUAUGACUUCCAGGACAGAAAGUUUCUCCCACGGGAACGCCAGGGGGAGGAGCUAAUUCAGGAAGUUAGAGAUGUGGAAAACUACCUGCGCAGGUUUAAAACCAAGCUGGCAGCCUCUCUGGCCCGCUACAGGAUCAAACAUGAUCUCUUGUCCAUUGAGUGUAUCCUGCCGAAGAGUGUGAAGACGAAGCAGGACAGAUCUAGCGGUCUUCCACAUUACGCAUGGGUCAACACACUGAAGAGCAGCCUUGAUGAGGUCCAAAGUGUGCUGAAGAAUGCAGGCUUCUCGCGGGUGAAAUCGAUUGAGCAGCUGGAGGGCCAUACCUUCUGCCAGGAUCCCCACUGUAGGGAUAUACUGGUAUUCCCUGCUCAACUGAAGGCUCAGCUGUGCUCCACCAAGCUGCUUAGCGACCACAAGCUCAUCAUCCAGGAUAAAUCCUGCAGCCUGGGCCCACAUGCAGUGUGCUCCUUGCUACCAGAGGAAGGAGAUGUUCUUAUGGUGGGCUGCUUCUCUGGCCUCACUGUCUCCCACACUUCCUCCCUUAUUGCCGAGAAAUAUAAAGCCAGCAGCAACCAGCCCACAGUCUACGUUUGUGUCAACGAUCGUACACUCGCUCAGAGGGAGGAGCUACAGCAGGCUGUCACUGCCAUGGGCUGCAAGAAUGUGAAGCUGAUACCAGAGGACUUCCAGUCUUUGGAUGGCGGUGACAAGCGGCUUCAGAGGGUGUGCGUGAUCUUGUUGACCCCCAAGUGUUCUGUGUCUGCAGUCAACAACCCGGUUGAAUUCAUACUUCAAGAGAAUGGAGACACAGACCUGCUGCAGGACUUAUCCCAGGGCUCCAUAGCCCAGAGCAAACUCGAAGCUCUGGUAGCCCAGCAGAGGAAGGAUAUUGAUCAUGCCUUGAAGUUCUCUAAGGUUUUGGCAGUGGUAUACUCUACCUGUUCAUCAUACCCAGAGGAGAAUGAGGUGGUGGUGAGCAGAGCCCUGGAGCAAGCCAAGGCCCGCUCAGAGCAGGAGGGGGAGCCAAAACAAGCAAACUUCAGGCUUAAAACCUCCCUGUUCAGCAUUCUUGACCAUGCCGAGGGCCCGGAGGAAACUGACCCCUUCUUCACGUUGGAACCCUCAGAACAGUGCAAUGGCUGUUUUCUGGCUGUUCUCAACAGAGAGCCUGAGCCAGUGGUCAAAGAGGCACCACAUGAAGUGCUUAUCAGGGCAAAUGCCAAAGGCAUACUGGACAGGAUCGGCUCCGACAGAAAAGAGCAGCAUGGACAUACAAACAGGAUGACAAAAACAACCCAUGCUCGCACCCACCUCUCUGUCAGUAUUCAAUCCAAAAACCAAGAAACCAAGCGCAGCAACAGCACUGCUUUGUGUCGACAUCAGGAAUUUGCUAACAGGCGGCAGUCAUCCCAAGGAAAAGCCAAAACACUACACUUGCAGGCCUCGAAGAACACUGUGUCCAGCUCCUCUUCCUCCCCCAAGCCAGAAAACAGCACAUCCAAGAAAAGCACCUCCCCUGUAUUGAAUAUUACAACUUCCACCACCAGUCUGUGUCCCGCUCCUCCUCCUGCUACACCACUGGCCCUGGUUGUCCGUCCCCGUAGACCUCAUCAGGAGGUGCUGAAGCCUGUGGUGCUUGUCCUGCCUCCCAUUCACUUCCCCAACUUUUUCCCACCUCAGCACGCCCGAACGAGAUUCAGCCCCAGCCCCAGCUACAACUACAACAAGUGGAGGACCCCAGCUCCAACUGUACCCCUCUCCCGUUCCAGUGGUAGUCUCUCCAAGGAUGUUAUGGUCAAAUCCCGGCCUCCGGCCUUUUGAGCUCACAAACGCCAACACAAAUAUAAAAGAAGUAUUAACUUUUGUGCCAGAUGCUUGCCUAAAUAAAGUCAGUCGUAUGUAAGUAUAACACCAACAUGUAUACAGCGUUGUUGAACUGCCAAAUUACAUAGAGCUUUUGAAAAUGUAAGUCACCUUAAAUACUUCUAGAUCCAUUAUUACUUGUCAUUAUUACAAUGACAUUAUCACAGUGUUUUUGCAUGCCAUAAAGAACAACCUUGCCAUAGCCAGAAUCUAAUCAAACUGCGGAUUUUAUUGGGCUGAGCCAAUGUCAUUUCAAUGUCACUGCAUGAUGAAUAGCUAUUACAUGGGGUUCCACUGACCUGAAAAAAUUAAAGGACAUAUUCAAGAAGCUA